AUGACGGCCGAUGAUUGGCUGCGCAAUCGGCGCAGGCUGCUCCCCAAGCAGAACGACCAUCACUCCGGGUAUACCUGGCUGUCUCUUUCCAUUUCUCGCCGGGCGCGAAAGGCGAACCCCCGGCAGGCAUCAAUGGGCUGUGGACGCGCGUGCGAGCGCGUGACUGGCCCACAGCGCCCGGCGCCGAUCCCCUGGACUCCAGGGCCUGGAGGCAGCCAUCGCCAGCCACCGACGUACGUGAAAGGCGCGGCAGUCGGCAGUCGCGCGCGACGGAUGGAAGUCCCAAAGAGUUUUUGGGUCUUUGAAAGACCGCCGGGAUCCGCGACGCUUACUGACCGCCGCAAUGAGUCACCGAAUCCGGUUUAG